UCCGCUUCGCUCCUCCUUCCCUUCCGCCGGCAGCCCCGGCCGGCAUGGCGGCGCCCGGCGCCUAGGGACGCACGUGCGGGGCUCGGCGGGGGCCGGCGCUGGCGCCGCGGCCGCCAUGAAGAGCAAAUCCGCCGCCCACAAGUCGGACAACACGCACCGGUUUCUUACCUUUUCGGAACGUUUAAGUAAUGUUAAUAUCGAUAUUAUUCAUCGGAUUGACAGAACUGGAGGCUACGCUGAGGAGGUUGAAACCUACUUUUUUGAAGGACUACAGAAAUGGAGGGAACUGAAUCUCACUCAGCAUUUUGUGCAAUUCUACAAAGAAGUAGCGAACAAAUGCCAGUCCUUCAACCAACUGGUCUAUUACCAGAGUGCCAUCGUGCAGACCUUGAAGACACACUUGCAAGUCAAAGACAGUCUUGCUUAUCAACCCCUGCUAGACCUAGUGGUGCAGCUGGCUCGAGAUCUCCAGGCUGACUUCUAUCCUCACUUUCAUGACUUUUUCCUGGCCAUCACCAAGUUACUUGAUACACAGGACACAGAGCUGCUGGAAUGGGCGUUUACCUCUCUUUCCUAUCUGUACAAAUACUUGUGGAGAUUGAUGGUGAAGGACAUAUGCAACAUAUACAGUCUGUACAGUACCCUGCUGGCUCACCACAAACUUCAUAUCAGAAACUUUGCUGCUGAAAGUUUUGUCUUUCUAAUGAGAAAGGUUUCUGAUAAAAAUGCACUCUUCAAUUUCAUGUUCCUUGACCUGAGGGAGCACCCAGAGAAAGUGGGAGGUGUGGGACAGCUACUUUUUGAGAUGUGCAAGGGUGUUCGGAACAUGUUCCACUCUUGUGCAGAAACGGCUAUGAAGUUAAUUCUGUUAAAGCUGGGGCCUGCUACUGAAGCAGAAAUUGAACUACCAUGGGUAACUGUUGGAGAGGCAUUUGAGCAGAUGAUCAGAUCGGCUGUAGUGCAUAUCCAUAGGGAGCAUUUUGACAUUGUCUUCAAGUGCCUGGAGGAGUCACUCUUAGACUUGCAGGGAAAAAUAACUAAGGCUAACUGUCAUGUGGCUUCAGAACAAAUGGAAAGGAUUCUGCAAGCUUAUCUGAUCCUAGUGGAACAUGCAAAUGGAUCCAAAGUCUCACGGCCUGAGGAAGUCUGUCAGAUUUUAAUAAAAUUGUUACAAACACCAGAUCUGUCGGCAUCUUGCUGCAAAACCCUGCUGAACACUAUUUCUGCUUUACUGCUGACUGAGAAUGUUUUCUGGCCUGAUGCUUUGACCAAGGAAGCUAUUGAGAAGGUAUUUGCAAGUAAGUUUGAAUGGCGCUUCCUUUUGGACUUCUCCGAGAUGAUGUUCACAAUGAAGCAAUUUGAGAGGCAUUUUCUUCCGUGCUUUCUAGAGUACAUUGAGCAUUGCUUCUCUGGCACAGAUGCCCUUGCAAAGGAUGAGGCGAUGGCAAUUUUGGCUAAACUUAUUCUGGUGAAAGCAGAGCCUCCCACCCUUGGCUCAAUGGCAUUUGAAAAGUAUCCUCUCAUUUUCACUGAAUCAUCCAUCAGCUCUAAUACAAGACAGCAAACAAGAAAAGGAGGAAGGACACAGGUGCCAGUGUUGGAUCAUGUACUGUCUUUAAUCCAAUUACCAGAGAAUGGAGAUAUCGCCGACCUUUCGCAGGCUUGGGUUGCCUUGGUUGUACUGCCACAUAUUAGACCAAUAGACAAAGAAAGUAUCCUGCCAUGUGUGACAAGUUUUACAGACUUUCUCUUCACAGCCAUUGACAAAGGAAGCCUUUGCAAAGGGAGCCUGUUUGUGGCCUGCCAAGCUGUAAGUACUCUCCUUAGUUUGGCAGAGUCUUCUGAAAUACUCCAUUUGUUACCUGUGGAGCGUGUCAAGAAGUUGGUGAUCACUUUCCCUUCAGACCCCUCUGCAUUGCUUUUGGCUGAUCUCUAUUACACAAGGUUGGCGUUAUGUGGCUGCCAGGAGUCCCUUUCCCAAGGGAACCUGAUGGACUUGUUUGAGAAAUUGCACCCUAAUAUUUCCACUGGUGUGUCCAAGGUCCGACUUCUGACUGUCCGAAUUCUAAAUCAUUUUGAGACUCCACUUCCUGCACCAAUUGAGGGUGAUAGCACAGCAGACCUCCAGUCAGUGUUUGCCAUAUUACUCCAAGCAGAACUUGUGCCGGCAACAGUGAAUGAUUACAGAGAGAAACUUCUCCAUAUAAGGAAACUAAGAUGUGAUACAGUGCGGUCUGCAGUACCGAGUGGAUCUUUGGAAGAAGUGCCUCUUCGGUAUUUACUGGGAAUGCUAUAUAUUAACUUCAGCCCUCUCUGGGAUCCUGUAAUUGAACUCAUAACUUCUCAUGCAAAUGAAAUGGAGAAUAAACAGUUCUGGAAGGUCUUCUAUGAACAUUUGCAGAGGGCUGCUGUCUAUGCUGAAAUGGAGCUGCAAAAUGAACUAGAUGAAGAGGAAGAAAGCACUGCUGAAAUGGAAAGGGAGAAGAUACCAGAAGGAGAAGUGGGGACUGUGUUCCUGGAGCACCUGCAGAUUAGGACAGACUGCAGUGAGCGGUUGGAUCACACAAAUUUCCGGUUUCUAUUGUGGAAAGCACUGGAGAAGUUUCCAGACAGGGUGGAGCCUAGGUCAAGGGAGCUUUCCCCACUACUUUUGAGAUUUAUUAGAAAUGAGUACUACCCAGCUGAUUCAUUAGUGGCUCCAACUCAGGAUCUUAGAAAGAAAAAUAGUGGUACAGUAGGAGUAAAAGAAAUACCCAGUGAAGAAGUGAAUGAUGUUACUAUGGUGGAGGAAGAGGAAAAGGAAGAGGAAAAGGAAGAGGAAAAGGAAGAAGGGGAACCAAUCACUGUAGGGUUACCAAAAAAGAAAACAAGAAGAGCUGCUGCCAAACAACUAAUAGCCCACUUGAAAGUUUUCUCCAAAUUUUCAAAUCCCCGUGCAUUGUAUCUGGAGCAGAAGUUAAAUGCGUUAUACACCCAGUUACUCUCCCACCAAGACCAGAACGUGCAAAGAAUUGCCCUUGACUGCAUUAUGACGUACAAACAUCCUCAUUUACUGCCAUACAGGGACAACUUGCAAAGGCUACUGGAGGACAAGACUUUUAAAGAAGAAAUAGUCCAUUUCAGCAUUUCUGAGGAGAACACAGUAGUAAAAAUGGAGCAUCGACCGGCUCUCAUCCCUGUUCUUAUGAGAAUUCUCUAUGGCAGGAUGAGAAAUAAAACGGGAAGCAAAACGCAGGGCAAGUCUUCUGCGGGCACUCGCAUGUCGAUCGUUCUGCGAUUUCUUGCUGGCUCCCUGCCAGAAGAGAUACGGAUGUUCCUGGAUCUGCUCUUUGAAGCUGUGAAGCAAUUCAGUAAUGGGCCUUGCCAGACUGCAGUGCUCCAGAGUAUGGCAGAGAUGGAUUUAGCUAAAGUCCUGCCACUUGGUCGUCAGCACAGCCUCUUCAAUGGCCUUGAAGUUGUAUUGAAAAACAUGGGACAUUUGAUCAGUCAGUACUUGCCUGAAAUUUUACAGAUUCUGCUCUGUAUGACAGGUGUGAUAUCCUGCAUCCUCCAAAAAAGAGAGAAGGUCCAACCUAGGUUGAUUAAUCCACUGAAGAAUUUGAGACGUCUUGGGCUCAAGCUUGUGGUUGACUUUUUUUCUGAUUAUGAGACCUACAGCUUCAGUGUGGAAGAGAUCAAUGCAGUUUUCCAUGCAGUGGUAUGGCCUCAGGUCUGCAGGUUGGCUUCAGAGAGUCAAUAUUCUCCUACUUUUCUGCUCAAACUCAUUCACACCUGGAGUAAGAAUCCCAGAUAUUUCCCCUUGCUGGCCAAGCAGAAGCCAGAUCACCCAGACUGUGAUAUAUUGUCAAAUGUUUUUGCUGUGCUCUCAGCCAAGAAUCUGUCUGAGGCUACAUCCAAUCUUGUGAUGGACAUAGCUGAUAACCUUCUCAACAGCCCAGAUUUUGAAUCCACAGAGCAGGUUUCCAGUUUGACUGUAACUGACUGUGUUGUUGUGGACACUGGCGACACGACAGAAGAGGCCCUCAGCCUGGGUUCCCGCUUGGUUCUGCCUCAUGUUCCUGCCAUACUUCAGUAUUUCAGCAAAACAAUGUUAAGCAUGGAGAAGGUAAAAAAGAAGAAAUUUAGAGCCCAAGUCAGCAAAGAGCUGAACAUACUUUCUAAGAUCAGCAAAUUUAUACAAGAAAAGAGUCAGAAUUCAGUGCUUGUGAGCCUCCUCCUCCCUUUCCUUCACCAGAGUAACAUUGACCAGGACGCGGAGAUUGACAUUCUGGAGACAGUGCAGAACUUGUUGAGGCAUUGCUCAAACCCCACAAGCUUUCUCAAACCUCUGGCAAAGCUUUUUUCCGUCAUUCAGAACAAACUGUCUCGACAAAAGUUGUGUUUGGUAUUUCAGACUUUAUCUGAUUUGGACAGUGAGUUGAAAUACAUUACUGAUGUUGUUAAGCUGAAUGCCUUUGAUCAACGGCAUCUCGAUGAUAUCAACUUCGAUGUGCGUUUGUCAGCAUUCCAGUCGAUCACAGCCCACAUCAAAGAAAUGCAAUCAGUGGAUAUCAACUUCCUCAUCCCUGUUAUGCACAACUGCUUCUAUACCAUCCAGCUAGGGGAUAUGGCUCUUAGUGACAACGCAAGCCUUUGCUUGACCAGUUUUAUCCGCCGGCUGGCAGAAAUCGACCAUGCAGAAGAUGACUACAGGGAGUUAAUCCAGCACACUCUCCUGGAGUCUCUGCGAAGGGGGCUGAAGAGUAAGACUGAGAGCAUCCAGCAGGACUACACAUCAUUGUUUGCCUGCCUUAUUCAAACAUUCCCAGCAAAUCCUGAAUUCCGAGAUUUGGUCCAGUUGACCAACCGCAAUGAUCCUGACAUGGACUUCUUUGAGAACAUGAAACACAUCCAGAUCCACAGGAGGGCACGAGCCCUGAGGAAACUGGCUAAGCAGCUCACUGAAAAAAAAAUUGUGCUGUCCUCCAAAUCCCUGCAGAACUACAUCAUGCCUUAUGCUACUACCGCCAUUUUUAAUGAAAAAAUGCUUAAGCAUGAAAAUAUGGUAACAGCCUCAGUUGAAGUUGUUGGAGCUGUCUGCCGGCAUCUGUCCUGGUCAGCGUACUUGUACCACUUAAAGCAUUUCAUUCAUGUCUUGCAAACGGGGCAGAUCAGUCCAAAGUUGGGAGUCAGCUUGUUAGAGACAGUGCUGGAAGCCUUUCACUUUGACCAUGAAACACUUGAAAAGCAGCUUAUGACCAUUGAGCACCAAGGAGCUGUUCCCAUGGAUCUUGAGCCAGUGAUGGAGGGUGAAGAAGCCAUGGAGCUGGAGCAGAGUGAAGGGGAAGAGGAGAUGGUUGAGGAAAACAAAGGGGAGAAUCUCCCUGAGGAGCCACCAGAACCUGUGCCAGUCCUGCCUGAGCAGGCAGCUAAGACAUCUGAAGAUGCUGAGCAAGUGACCAAAACUGUUUCUUUCUUACCACGAAAUAAAGAAGAGCUGGAAUGUCUGAUCAAACACAUCCAAGAUACAGUUACAUCCAACAUCUUGCCCAAACUGCACAGAUGUAUUGUUGCAAAGGUUAAAAGAGAUGAGGAACACAAGCUCGUGAAAUCCAGUGUUGUGAAUGAUGACGAAGUAGUUCGUGUGCCUUUAGCUUUUGCAAUGAUCAGGAUGAUGCAGUGUCUUCCCCAAGAAGUGAUGGAAGCCAACCUGCCAAGCAUCCUGCUGAAAGUCUGCUCGUUCUUGAGGAACAGAGCCCAGGAAAUCCGGGACAUCGCCCGCAACACUCUCACUAAAAUCAUGGAAGUGUUGGGAGCGCAGUACCUGCUGUACAUCUUAAAAGAGAUGCAGUCCACUCUUGUCCACGGGUACCAGCUCCACGUGCUGACUUUCACUGUGAACCUGUUACUGAAGGGCCUUACUAGCAAGCUCAGUGCUGGUGAUUUGGAUCCUUGCUUAGAUAUCCUGGUUGAGAUUUUCAACCAGGAGCUGUUCGGGGAUGUAGCUGAAGAGAAAGAAGUGAAGGGAAUUGUCUCCAAGGUCAUGGAAGCGCGCAAGAGCAAGAGUUACGAUUCCUAUGAAAUUCUUGGAAAAUAUAUAGGGAAGGGCCAGGUGACCAAACUUAUUCUGCCAUUGAAAGAGAUUCUGGAAAGCACCACAAGCCUGAAGAAAGUCCGGAAGGUGCAUGAGGCACUGCGUCACAUCAUGGCAGGGCUGAUCUUCAAUUCAGACAUGAACGCAGAAUCCCUUCUCCUCCUCAGUCACGGUCUCAUCAGCGAAAACUUGCCUCUGCUCACUGAGAAGGCCAAAACAAAAGUUGCGCCCCCUCCAGAUCCUCGUCUGCAACCAGAAAGCUGCCUGCUGCUUCAGCCCACUCCCACCCGAGGAGGGCAGAAAGCACCUGUCAGCAGCAGGACUAACAUGUCUAUCCUGAUUGAAUCAGGACUUCGGUUGCUACAUAUGAGCCUGAAGAGAUCCAAAAUAAAUUCCUCCGACGAGCAUGUUUUGGAAAUGUUAGAUCCUUUUGUUCAGCUGCUUAUGGACUGCCUGAAGUCCAUGGAUGUCAAGGUGAUAACUGGUGCUCUGCAGUCCUUAGUAUGGAUUUUGAAGUUCCCGUUACCUUCAGUCAAUCUGAAUCUGGAGCCACUAAUCAAGCAGCUUUUCCUCUUGCUGAAAGAAUUCGCCAAGACAGGAGUAGCCAAAGGCCAGAAUUUCCACUUGAUUGUGAACUGUUUCAAAUCUGUAACAAUACUUGUGAAGAAUGCAAAGAGCCACAUAACAGACAAGCAGCUCCAAGUGUUGCUUGGCUUUGCUGAAGAAGACAUUUAUGAUUCAUCACGCCAAGCUACUGCCUUUGGCCUUCUCAAGGCCAUUUUAUCUAGGAAGCUGAUUGUUCCUGAAAUCGAUGAUGUGCUGCAGAAGGUUGCCCAGCUGGCCAUCACGGGCCAGAGUGAGCCUGUGCGAGUCCAGUGCAGGCAGAUUUACUUAAAAUAUAUUCUUGACUACCCCCUUGGUGACAAGCUGAAACCCAAUUUGGAGUUCAUGCUCGCACAGCUGGAUUACGAGUAUGAAACUGGAAGGGAGUCUGCGCUGGAGAUGAUUACAUACCUUUUUGACAUGUUCCCACAGGAGCUCCUCCACAAAUACUGUGGGCUGUUUUUUCUGUCUCUUUGUAUGAUGAUGGUAAAUGAUGACUCUGCCAAGUGCAAAAAGAUGGCGGCUUUGACAUGUAAAUCUCUGCUCAGUAAGAUAAACAAUGAAAAACAAGAUCUGAUGUUUUCACUGGUCACAGAGUGGUUUCACAGCAAGAAGAGCUCACACAGGAGGUUGGCUGCCCAGGCUUGCGGUUUGUUUGUUGAAGUGGAGGGAGUGAUGUUUGAAAGGCGGCUUGAAGCUGUCCUCACCUUGAUUGAAACAGAAAUCAACCCUAUUAAAUUUGAAAACAUAACUGAAGAGGAAGAGGAGAAGGCUGCAGAUAGGCUGCUGUUCAGCUUUCUUGUGCUGGUAACAAAGCUAAUCACAGAGUGCAGCUUGAUUCAGUUAACCAAGAACAGUGAUGUUGUGCGAAAUAUCUGGGGUCAUGUCCAGUCUCACCUGUGGUAUCCUCACAGCUGGGUCUGGCUGACAGCUACUCAGAUUUUUGGUUUGUUGUUUGCGUCUCACAAGCCAGAAGAUCUUGUCAGCAAGUGGAGUGAAAGAAAAGCAGGGAAGAGGAAAAAGAUGUCGGCACAGCUGCCUACAUCCACGUUCUUCUUGACAGCUGAACUGCACGGAAAGAUGAAGGAGCUCGUGUUUGCCUUCUGCCAUCAGCUGCAAUCCAAGUUCCUGGACCAGUCUCUAGGAGAGCAGGUUAUAAAGAAUUUGUUGUUUGUGGCCAAAGUUAUUUACUUGCUAGCCCCUGCCUCAGAAGAGGGCGAAGAGGCCAAAGGGGAAUGCAACUGUGAAGUGGAAGAGCAGGAGGCCUCUGAAGAUGAGGGUGAAAGAGACCUUUCUGCUCAAGGAGAGGGAGAAAGGGAGGACACAGAAGAGAAAGGCCAGCCAGCCACUUUGCUGUGGAUAAUGAAGAAACUCUCCCUCAUGGCAAAGCGAGAAGCAGCGUAUUCCCCUAAGAUCCCCUUAAAGAGAAGCUGCGUCUUUAAGUUCUUGGGAGCAAUCUCAGUGGAUCUGGGAAAAGAGAGAAUCCAGCCGUACCUUCCAACAAUUCUCACGCCUCUGUACAGGGAACUGAACAGCACCUAUGCAGAGCAAGAUCCAACGUUGAAGAACCUUUCCCAAGAAAUCAUAGAACUGCUCAAGAAAUUGGUUGGACUGGAGGCUUUUUCAGUUGCCUUUUCUUCUGUGCAGAAACAGGCCAAUCAGAAAAGAGCUAUCAGGAAAAAGCAAAGGGCUUUGCAGACUGUAGCAAAUCCCGACAUUGCUGCAAGGAGGAAGCUGAAGAGACAUAAGAAUAAAGCAGAAACCAAGAAAAGAAAAAUAGAAUUCCUGCGCCCUAGCUACAAGGCCAAGAAACCUAGAAGUCAUGCACUGAAAGAUUUAGCAAUGGUGGAAUGAAAAGGCUUUUACCUCCUGGAGGAUAAUUUUAUAAAAAGAAACUUCCAGCUAGAGAACUAAUAAUUGUUAAAAAGAAAUUAUUUACAUAUUUUAAUGUAUUUAUUUGUACUUUUUCAUGUCUUCUUUUUCAUCUGGGAUCUUAAAUAAAAGCUUGUCAGUUUUUCCUAAA